AUGGCUCGCACUAAGCAAACCGCCCGUAAGUCCACUGGAGGCAAGGCGCCCCGUAAGCAGUUGGCCACCAAGGCCGCCCGCAAAAGCGCCCCGGCCACCGGCGGCGUGAAGAAGCCUCACCGCUACCGGCCCGGCACCGUGGCGCUGCGGGAGAUCCGGCGCUACCAGAAGUCCACUGAGCUGCUGAUCCGCAAACUGCCCUUCCAGCGGCUGGUGCGGGAGAUCGCUCAGGACUUCAAGACGGACCUGCGCUUCCAGAGCUCGGCCGUCAUGGCCCUGCAAGAGGCGAGCGAGGCCUACCUGGUGGGGCUGUUCGAGGACACCAACCUGUAUCUCAUUUUUGUGGAAAUGUCUGGUCGUGGCAAAGGGGGUAAAGGCCUUGGCAAGGGUGGUGCUAAGAGGCACAGGAAGGUUCUGCGUGAUAACAUCCAGGGCAUCACUAAGCCCGCUAUUCGUCGUCUUGCCCGUCGUGGCGGGGUUAAGCGGAUCUCUGGACUAAUCUACGAGGAAACUCGCGGGGUGCUUAAGGUUUUCCUGGAGAACGUAAUUCGGGACGCCGUCACCUACACGGAACACGCCAAGAGGAAGACAGUUACCGCCAUGGAUGUCGUGUACGCUCUCAAACGGCAGGGCCGUACUCUUUACGGCUUUGGCGGUUAAAGACUUUAGC